AUGUGUCUCGUUUUCCUGGCCCUUCUCUUCUUCCUUCUUGCCUUUUAUUCCCCCCCAUACCUUUUUCCGUCCGUCGAGGGCUCACGGUUGUGUCCACACCAGUGCCUUUGUUACGAGCACGCUGACCUGGUGGACUGCCGUGGCCGUGGGUUCGAGCACGUUCCCAGGGGCCUCCCACACGGCACAUGGCUGCUGGAGCUGGGAGGAAACAAUCUGAGCGAGAUUGGCACCCGAGCCUUCAUUGGACUGUGGUCGCUGCGGGUGCUGCUGCUGACCAACAGCCAGAUACAAGAAAUACAGCCGCAGGCUUUUUUCUCUUUGUCCUUCCUGGAGAAGCUGGACCUCAGCUGGAACCAGUUAACGUUUCUCCCUGUCGACUUCUCAGCCAGUCUGUCUGCGCUCAGAGAGCUGCGACUGGAGCACAACAACUUGCAGCACCUGUCUGAGUACAGCUUGGAGUACCUGGACAGCAUUGAGAAGCUGGACCUCAGUCAUAACCAGCUGGUGAUGGUCGGCUCUGGUGUGUUCAGGGGCCUCUCCAGGCUAAGACAGCUGUACCUACACAACAACAGACUGACUGUGGUGCAGCAGGGGAGUUUGGAUAUGCUGCCUGGACUAGAGGUGCUCCAGCUGAGUAACAAUAACAUCUCCCGGAUAGACAAUGAUGCUCUAGCUCCUCUCUACAGCCUGGCAGUCCUCAAUCUGGAGGGAAACAACCUGCAUCACCUCAAGUUUAAGACCUUCAUCAGCCUUCACACGACAGCUACACACAUCCAGUUGUCAGGCAACCCGUGGAGCUGUGACUGCGAGCUGCAUCGUGUCUUCAGUAAGAUCUUGCAUGUUCGCCACCUCCACAUCGAUGACUACCGCAACGUGACGUGCAAGGACCCCCCGCAGCUGGCCGGGGCUUCGCUGGCCUGGGUCGAUAGCCAGCUCUGCAUCGCAGAAACAGCCACCGUGCUCGUCAUCACUGUCACUGUGCUGGUCACCGUGGUGGCAGCUUUGGUGAUGGCAGAGAGGAACAGGAAGAGGAACCAAGGGAAGAACUGGGACUCUGAGUCGCAGACGCAAACAUACCCCGUCAGACAGCAGCCAGACAACAGGGGUAUAAUCAGAGAUAUCGAGGUCAACCCAAUCGUCUUCAACCAGGUCUUGGUGAACCAGGGCUCUGCCUACAGCAAUGACACGGGGGUGUUCACUGCGCCGGUCUCUGGCGUCUACCAGUUCGUGUUCGCUGCCCAGCUCUGCCGUGGAGACCACAACAACAGGUGGUACUUCAUGGUCAAGGGGGUCCAGAGGAUGCUGUGUCAUGCUCAGGUAUAUGGUGGUACCUCAACCCUCAACAGCUGCUACCUCAUGGAGGAACUCAAGAAAGGUGACCAGGUGUGGGUAGUGCAGAAAGAGGGGAGUUGUGCCUGGGCCAGCACUGUCUCCAAAACCAUCACCUUCUCUGGCGUCCUGCUGGCAAGUGAGGGCGUGUCCAUGCUGGGGGGGAAGUAUGGCACUGGCAGCUCCUGUCCACUGGCCCCCCUGGGCUACAACAAGGCCAUUGUUUCCGGCUCUGCUGGCUGGAGGUCCACUUCGUCCAAUAUGGCCAUCACCCUGCUACUCUGCUGUCUCCUCUUGGAUUAA